AUGGUUCUCUUGGUGUUAUGGAUGCUCAUUCUGCUCCCUCACAUAGCAUGCAAGGCUCACACUGUUAAAUGCAGGGUCUGGUAUCCACACCCUCCAUUCCACAAGUAUCAUCAAUCAGGAGACCUCCUCAUUGGUGCUGUUGUUUCCCAUGGUGGCUUCAUCUCCUUCUCACCAGAUUUCACGAUAGAACCUCCACAGCCACUGAUGGAAGAUUUUUUAGUAUUGCCUAAGAAUUACCAGCAUAUUGUGGCCUUGGUCUUCGCAGUGAAGGAGAUUAAUGAAAACUCUCAGAUCUUACCCAAUGUUACCUUGGGCUUCCACAUCUAUGACAACUAUUACAAUUCUAUGUGGACCUACCAUUCUACAAUGCUACUCAUGUACAGUUUGGAGAGAUUUUCCCCAAACUACAACUGUGAUCUACGUAAUAAGCUAACUGCAGUAAUUGGUGGUCUGGAUUCCCAAAUUUCUUCUAAUAUGGCCAUUUUCUUGGAUAUGCACAAGAUUCCACAGCUAACAUACAGCCCUGCUCUGGAGACGAACUAUAAAACCCCAGGCCUUUUCUUCUACCAGAUGGUCCCUAAGGAAGACCUUCAGUAUGAUGGGAUUCUCCAUCUGCUUCUGCACUUCAGGUGGACGUGGAUUGGGACCGUUGUUAUGGAUACUGACAAUGGAGAAAGAUUUGUGCAAACUGUGCUUCCAACGUUUCCCCAGAAAGGUGUCUGUCUUGCCUUCAUAGAAAGAAUCCCCAUUCCAACUUUUAUCCCAGAGGUUACCAGCAUGGUGGAUCGUGGGAAAAACAUAAAUGAUAAAAUAAGAAACAGCAAAGCCAAUGUAAUUGUGGCUUGUGGGGAAUCUUAUUCCUUGCCAUUUUUUAGAUGGUUGUCAUUUCUGUCAGGUGUGGACCACAUGGCAAAGAAACCUAAAGGCAAAGUGUGGAUAACAACAGCCCAGAUAGAGCUCAAUUCAUUCUCCUAUCAAAGGAAUUGGGAUAUAGAAACUUUCAAUGGUGCAAUAGCCUUCUCAUAUCAGUACAAUGAUGUGCCAGGAUUUCACCAGUUCGCUGAGGGCAGAAACCCUUUCAGCACUUCUAGAGAUGGUUUCAUCAGGGACUUCUGGCAACAAGCUUUUGACUGUGCAUUUCCAAAUACAACAGUGGGUGAGGUGCCUGAGAAUAUUUGCACAGGAGAGGAGAAGCUGGUGGACCUUCCGUCCACCUAUUUUGAAAUGAGCAUGACUGGCCAUAGCUACAGUGUCUACAAUGCUGUUUAUGCUGUAGCUCAUGCAUUACAUGCCAUGUCUUCUUCAAGACUGAAAAACAUAGCAAUGCUGGAUGAAGGGGAUCUGAAGCUUCAGAAUCAACCAUAUUGGAAGCUCCAUCACCUUCUGAGACAUAUCUCAUUUAACAACAGUGCUGGACAGAAGAUUUCCUUUGACCAAGAUGGGAAGUUAGUAGCUGGAUUUGAUAUCAUCAACUAUUUAUGUGGUUCAAAUAUAUCUAAAGUAAAGAUUGGAAAGGUUGAUCCUAGGGCCCCUUCAGAACAAGUAUUAACCAUCAGUGAGAAUGCCAUCACAUGGAACAACUGGUUUAACCAGACACAACCUAUUUCUGAAUGUGUGGAAAGAUGCCGUCCAGGUUCUAGCAAGAAAGUGAAGGAAGGGAAGCCAUUUUGCUGCUAUGAUUGCAUCUCAUGUCCAGAAGGAAAGAUUUCACAUGAGGAGGUUAUCACAGCUCUGGUACUAGGAAUCUUUAUAAAGCACCAUGACACUCCCAUUGUCAAAGCCAACAACCGGGACUUGACCUACACUCUCCUCCUCUCCCUCCUGCUCUGCUUUCUUUCUGCCUUGCUAUUCAUUGGUGAACCUCAGAAGGUGACAUGUCUCCUUCGGCAAACUGCUUUUGGGAUCAUCUUCUCAGUGGCUGUUUCUUCAGUGUUGGCAAAGACUAUCACUGUGGUUCUGGCUUUUAUGGCCACCAGACCAGGAUCAAUAAUGAGAAAAUGGGUGGGAAAAGGACUGGCCUACUCUGUUGUCUUUUUCUGCUCCUUUAUUCAAGCAGGCAUCUGUACUGUGUGGCUGGCAACUUAUCCCCCAUUCCCAGAUGUUGACAUGCACUCAAUGACAGAAGAAAUCAUACUAGAAUGCAAUGAGGGGUCUGUGGCAAUGUUCUACUCAGUCAUUGGCUACAUGGGCUUCUUGGCCAUGGUCAGUUUCACAGUAGCUUUCUUUGCCAGGAAGUUACCUAACAGUUUCAAUGAAGCCAAGUUCAUCACUUUUAGCAUGUUAGUCUUCUGCAGUGUUUGGUUAUCCUUCAUUCCUUCUUAUAUGAGCACCAAAGGAAAAUACAUGGUGGCUGUGGAGGUUUUCUGUAUCUUAGCAUCCAGUGCUGGGUUGCUGGGCUGUAUCUUUUCCCCAAAAUGUUAUCUAAUUUUGUUGAGGCCAGAGCUGAACAAUAGGGAACAGCUAAUAAGACAAAAUAUUUGUUGA